AUGGAGCUCCGGGCCCGAGGCUGGUGGCUGCUGUACGCGGCCGCCGCGCUGGUCGCCUGCUCCCGCGGGGACCCUGCCAGCAAGAGUCGGAGCUGCGGGGAAGUGCGCCAGAUCUACGGGGCCAAGGGCUUCAGCCUGAGCGAUGUGCCCCAGGCGGAGAUCUCGGGCGAGCACCUGCGCAUCUGCCCCCAGGGCUACACCUGCUGCACCAGCGAGAUGGAGGAGAACCUGGCCAACCGCAGCCGCGCCGAGCUGGAGACGGCGCUCCUGGAGGGCAGCCGGGCGCUGCAGGCCACACUGGCCGCCCAGCAGCGGGGCUUUGAUGAUCACUUCCAGCGCCUGUUGAACGACUCAGAGCGCGUCCUGCAGGAGGCCUUCCCGGGCGCCUUCGGAGAGCUGUACACGCAGAGCGCCAAGGCCUUCCGCGACCUGUACGCCGAGCUGCGCCUCUACUACGGCGGCGCCAACCUGCACCUGCAGGAGACGCUGGCCGAGUUCUGGGCGCGCCUGCUCGAGCGCCUGUUCCGACAGCUGCACCCGCAGCUGCUGCUGCCCGACGACUACCUGGACUGCCUGGGCAAGCAGGCCGAGCCGCUGCGGCCCUUCGGCGAGGCCCCCCGCGAGCUGCGCCUGCGCGCCACCCGCGCCUUCGUGGCGGCGCGCACCUUCGUGCAGGGCCUGGGCGUGGCCGGAGACGUGGUGCGCAAGGUGGCCAAGGUGCCCCUGAGCCCCGAGUGCUCGCGGGCCGUCAUGAAGCUGGUGUACUGCGCCCACUGCCUGGGGGUGCCCGGCGCCCGGCCCUGCCCUGACUACUGCCGCAACGUGCUCAAGGGCUGCCUGGCCAACCAGGCCGACCUGGAUGCCGAGUGGAGGAACCUUCUGGACUCCAUGGUGCUCAUCACGGACAAGUUCUGGGGCCCUUCGGGAGCGGAGAGUGUCAUCGGCGGUGUGCACUACUGGCUGGCAGAGGCCAUCAAUGCCCUCCAGGACAACAGCGACACACUCACGACCAAGGUCAUCCAGGGCUGCGGGAACCCCAAGGUGAACCCCCAGGGCCCUGGCUCCGAGGAGAAGCGGCCCCGGGGCAAGCUGGCGCUGCAGGAGAGGCUGCCUGCGGGCACGCUGCAGAAGCUGGUCUCCGAAGCCAAGGCGCAGCUCCGAGACGCUCAAGACUUCUGGAUCAGCCUCCCGGGGACGCUGUGCAGUGAGAAGCUGGCCAUGAGCUCAGCCAGUGAUGAACGCUGCUGGAACGGCAUGGCCAAGGGCCGGUACCUCCCCGAGGUAAUGGGUGACGGCCUGGCCAAUCAGAUCAACAACCCCGAGGUAGAGGUGGACAUCACCAAGCCGGACAUGACCAUCCGCCAGCAGAUCAUGCAGCUGAAGAUCAUGACCAACCGCCUGCGCGGUGCCUAUAACGGCAACGACCUGGACUUCCAGGAUGCCAGCGACGACGGCAGCGGCUCAGGCAGCGGCGAGGGCUGCCCGGACGAGGUGUGCGGCCGGAAGGUCGGCAGGAAGAGCGCCAGUUCGCGGACGCCGCUGACGCAUGCCCUCCCAGGGCUGUCUGAGCGGGAGGGCCAGCAGACGUCCGCCGCUGCCCGCCCCCUGCCCCGCGCCUGCCCCCUGCUGCUCCUGGGGCUCGCCCUGGCCCUUCUGGCAGCCGCGCCCCGGGGGCGGUAA